CAGAUAAACGACUCCAGCGCUAUUGACUUAACCUACUUCUCCCUUAUCAGCACCGUAAUAAUUUCAGUUUUAUGUUACCUUGUUAAGAUUGGCCUGGUCUGUGUUUACUACAUUAUUAAACCAAUGACAAAGAUAUUCUGUAUGUACCAUAAUGUGUUGUCAUUCAAUCUGGACUUGUUUAUAAAGUUACUUUGCAGUAUUUAGGUUUAGUGAUGGAUCUUAAUUUGCACCAAGUUAAAUAUUUACUAACAAAUCUAUGGUCGCAGCAAUGUUUUAACUUAAAGAAGACAACAAAACAAUGCAAUGAAGACUUUCGAGGACGCAUCGUCUUGAUUGAAUGUCUUACAGUAUCUCACAAUAUAAACUUCAUCGGAUUAAAUAGUUGUUUUUUUUAUGUCAGAGAGAUUUCCAGGAGCUUCUGGUAAAUCAGGAGGCCGCGGGAAAUCUGUUAGAAAAGAAAUUGUGCUUGACUGAAGUGGUUGUAGGCCUAUAAGGUGAAUUAGCUCCCUUUAUAGGUCGCCGCUUUGAAAGAAAAUCAACAUAAUAUACAAAAUGAAGCUACUUCUUGUUGAACUAGAAGAAUUCACUUAUCUAGUUUUCCAAAGAACUAUUGAUAAUGAACACAACGUCUGCCAGUUUGACUUUUACUGAGACUCAAGAUAAAUAUAAAAAACAUUUAAAAGAAAAAGCCUUAACUUCUAAAACUUCAGAAUGGAACAUAAAUUACAUCAAAGAUAAAUCCGAACAAAAAUAUAUAGAAAAAGUUACAGAAAAUUUGGAACAUGUUAAUACAAUUAACACUAAUACACCUUCUACACCAUCUUUAAGUACUUUAGUCUUAGAAAACAAUUUUGAAGCUAAAAGAAUGUCAUCCAGUGAAAACAGAGAAGAACCAGAUGGAACUUCAUCUUCACAAGGGAGUUUUUAUUUAAAUUCAAUAGAAACAGCAGAAUUUAUCAAACAAAAUAUCCACCAAAGAGAGUGUAUUCUUUUUGUACCUAAAGAGGCAAAUAAAUGUAAAUGUGGCAGAGCUGAAGCAGAACAUGUUAAGGAUGUGAAGAAAGCUGAGCCCUCCUUUGAAUGGAAAGCCAAAGAUCACACCAAAACAAUGCCUUGCUUUUGUUUUGGACAAAUACAAUUUAGAGGUUUUGGAGGCAGCAUGACAACACCAUUAUAUGCUUGCAUAGAUACAGACAGUAAAUGUCAGGAUGUAUGGGAACUUAUGAUUGAAAAAUGGAAAAUGCCAAUACCUCGGUUGUUGAUAUCCGUGACAGGUGGUGCUCAGAGAUUUGAACUGAAGCCAAGACUCAGUGCUAUUCUUAAGCAAGGACUAAUAGAAGCUGCUCUUAAUACAGGUGCUUGGAUAAUAACUGGUGGAACAAAAUCUGGUGUGAUGGAGUUUGUUGGGGAAGCAGUUAAAGAUCACAUGACUAUAAAAGGCAGUAGUUCAGAUGAUAUUCUCGUUGCUCUUGGUGUGGUCACUUGGGGAAUUGUAGGAAAUAAAGACGCACUUAAAGGAGGGGAUGAUGGAUUUGGUUUGUGGCCUGCAGAGUAUGAAUCUGGUAAACUUUCCCCUAAAGCCACAGCUCUUGACCCAAACCACACCCACUUUCUUCUGGUAGAUGAUGGAUCAGAAGGCAUGUUUGGGCGGGAGAUUCCUUUCCGAUCAAGAUUUGAAAAGUUCAUCUCUGAUUUGAAUCCUCCUGGUGUUUCCAAAGAUCAAGAAAUUCAUAUUCCUAAUGUGUUAAUUGUUGUGGAAGGAGGAGUUGGAACAAUAGAUACUGUUAGAGAAUCCUUAGCUAAUGAAACUCCAGUAGUUCUUAUCAAGGGCUCUGGUAGGGCUGCUGAUUACCUUGCAACAAGCUUUGAUGAUGCAACCAAAGAUCCAGAAUUAAAAUUUGUGAAAGAAGCAGAUAUCAAAAAAAUUUUUGAUCUUAAAGAUGAUGAAAAAGUAAAAAAAUGUGUCCAGAGCCUCAAAGAUUGUUUCAAGUCAGAUAGAAUGGGUUAUCUUAACAUUUUUGAUCUAGAAAAAUCAACUUCCUUUAAAGAUAUAGACAGAGAAAUUCUUUAUGCAUUGUUAAAAGCUAAUAAAUCAGAUUGCAAGUCUCAGCUUGCUUUAGCCCUGGCAUGGCGACGCUGUGAUGUUGCUCAACAACAGAUAUUUACUAGUGAGAACAGAUCGCAAUGGACGCCUGAUGUCCUGAACAAUGCUAUGUUCACUGCCUUAGUUCAAGACCAGACAGACUUUGUUCAGCUACUCCUUGACAAUGGAGUAGACAUCAAAAAGUUUCUGACACUAGAAACCUUAUGGAAUUUGUAUUACAAUUGCAUUAAUUUACACACUACAGAAGCAGCAAUCAUGAAAGACAUGAUUAAAAAAGUAAAAGGGAAUAAUGUUAAAAAGUGUCAUUGGCUGUCUUGUUUGUGUUGCUGUCCAAGUGAACUAUCAAAUGUGAAUUCUGAUCUACUAGUCAAAGUCAAUAGCACUGUUGCUAACUUACUUGAGGAUCAGUCUUUUAAUUUUUAUGAAAGUGAACAUUUUACUAUGCAUGGAGAUGUACCAACAAAACCAGAAAUGAAAUGGUUGGCUAAAGAAUCUUCUAGGAAACAGUCUCUUAAAUUUGAACAGAAUAAGGAUGAGUAUAGCUCUUUAGAAUUUGCUGCUGCAUACCAAAAUGUGCCACUACUUAAGGAUCAGGUGACUAGUGACUUUGAAUAUCCAGCAAGAGAUCUGUUUAUCUUUGCUGUUCUUUUUAAUCGACAAAAUAUGGCAAAACUUUUUCUAAAAAUAGGAUCUGACCAAAUAGGAAUGUCAUUACUUGGAAGCUCCAUAUUGAAAGCAUUAUCUAAGAAAGCAGCUGGGGAUGAAGAAACUGCAUUAAGUGAAGAUUUGCUUGCUCAUUCAUGUAAUCUUGAGUUGUUUGCCAAGGCAGCAUUGAAUGAAUGCUAUCUACGUAGCAAACAAGAUGCACACACUCUGCUGUACAGAGAGAUGAAGCAACUGGGAAAUAUGUCUAUUCUUCUGUUGGUCGAUAGACAAGAUUUAAUGGACUUUGCUGAGCAUCCAGCAUGUCAGACAAAACUAACAAGCUUAUGGAAAGGACAUCUGUCUCCGAAAACAUCAGUUAAAAAAAUAGUCCUUACCUGUUUUUUCCCAAUACUUAUUCUAACUUUGAAAUUCCUUCAACCAAAAUAUGAAAAUUCUACAAAUAUGAAUAAAGUCAGUCCAGUUCGCUGUCUGCCUAGAAAAAAAGAAAAAAGCUUUUCUAAAUACACUGAAGUGAAAGUUGGAUUCUCAAAGGACACAAUCAAUGUAUUUAGUGCAAUAUACAAGUUCUACUCUGCACCAGUCAUUAAAUUUACUAACAAUAUUGUCGCCUACCUAGUGCUCCUUGGAUUGUUCAGCUACUUUCUACUGACAAACAUGUCUCCUGUUAGUCAAUCUGAUUCUCCUUCAAUCAUUGAAUACAUUGUCUGGGCUUGGUUCAUAACUCUUUUUCUGGAAGAAAUAAGACAGGUUAUUGAAAUUCAGCAAAAAUCAUUUUGCUACAAGCUAAGCAUAUGGUGGAACAACAGCUGGAAUCACUUUGAUCUUUUGAUGUAUAUUUUAAUGAUUGUUUCUGUUAUCUUGCGCUACAUUCUAGAAGGGGAGGAUUUUGUCUAUGCUCGUAUUGUCUACUCCAUCACCCUGGUAAUGCUGUAUCUUAGGUUCAUGCAGUUUUACUUUGCAGAGCAAAACAUGGGGCCUAAAGUGAUCAUGAUUAGAAGAAUGUUGACAGAUUUAACAUUCUUCUUCUUCAUACUCAUAGUAUUUAUUCUUGCAUUUGGUGUGGCAUAUCAUGUCAACAUGUUUCCUAACCAAACCAAAGACUGGUCAAUAUUGUAUACAGUCUUUCUAUAUCCCUACUUCCAGAUCUAUGGGGAGUUAUUUCUUGAUGAUCUUAAAGGCAAAGAUGAUGGUGAUGGGUGCACAAAGAAUCAAUCCAUUUGGGAAACUGAUCCAACACAAAGAUGCCCAGAAAAGAAUGCUAUAGUCUACAUCUUUUUAUCUAUAUAUUUAGUCCUGAUCAACAUUUUGUUAAUUAAUCUUCUUAUUGCCAUGUUCAGCUACACAUUUCAGAAGGUUCAAGACAAUUCUACUAAGGUUUGGCGCUUUCAUCGUAUCUCACUAGUGAAUGAAUAUUUUGAUCGGCCAUCAUUAGUGCCACCACUUAUUGUAAUCAACCAUUUGUGGAGAAUAUUGUGUUUCAUUUUCCCUUGCUUUGGAAAGCAUGAACAUUUUGGUGUGAAACUGUCAGAGGAUGCCAUUAAACGUCUCAGGCUAUUUGAGAAAGCUGCAGUGGAAACUUGUUUGUUGCAAGCAGCCACAAAAGAAAAAGAUCUUUUAGAAAAUCAAGUAGCUUCCACAGUUUCUAGACUAGACUAUGUCAUGGAUGAACUGCACAGAAUCAAAGAGAUCAUACAGAACAAAUAAAAGUUGAACAAGAGAAAGCAAGAAAGAAAUAUUUCCCUAAAGUUGAUUUCAUUUUGACAAAUACUAGGGUCUAAAGAAUUUAUUUUCUUUUAUUUCAUAAUCUUUAACAAUAAAAAUAAAAACAAAAGAAAAAUUAAAAUUUAUUAAACUAUGUGAAAUUAAGAAAAAAAAAAAAGGUUAUUUUAGUUUCUUAAAUUACUCAAUUAAAUUGUAUGUAUGUGUUUUUGAAAUGUAGUGGUAUCCUUUUCUCUACUACAGAGCAAAAGUUAAAAUCUGUACUUCCAUACCAUGACAUUUACCCUACAUUUUGUUGCUCUCAAAAUUUCUUUAUUAAUGGUCUUUCAAAUUGGUUGAUUUCUUGAUUUUUUAAUAAUGACUUUCAUGAUACAGAGAAAUUCUAUUGCUCUUGCAAUAGUCUGAUAUAAUGGAUUUUGUAUAGCAUGAUUCUUUUGAUUAUUUUUGGACCUGGCAACUACUUGAUGUUUUCAUUUUAACUUUUGCUCUGACACCAGAAAGCCUUUGUCUCAUUCAGUGAUUGUUUAACUUAAAUUAAGAUUUAAAUUAAUUUCUUUUUAUUUUAUUUAUUGUUGCUUAUGGUUUAAUUGUUACUAAAACUAUUUUUAAUGUUUUAAAACUAUUACUAAUUAUUUAAAUGCUGUGGAUUAAUGUUAUAUGUUUUUUAUAAUUUUUUAAACAAUUUUUGCUUCUUUGACUGUCUGCUUGUAAGGCUUGCUUUACUUUAGCUUGAUCCAUCUUGUCUUCCUGUAAGCUGUCUUGAGGUAAUAUAGUAGAUGCUCUUUUGCUAGGGGUGAAAAUUGAUGAUGACCUAUUUGGACAUGGUGUUUCUACUUCAUCACUUCAAUAUUAUUUAGCUGGACAAUUGGUAUUUUUUAUUGAGCCAUUAAUUGUUUAUUACUAGGGUAACAGCUAUUAUUCUGAUGUACUUUCUUAUGUGAUCUUGUCAAUAUUUGUCCUGACUUUCUGAAAGCAUCUUAUUUCUUACCAGGUCAGACAUUAGUUUUAUCUUUGUUGUAAGAUUCAAAAGCUAGUUCUUUGUUGCAAUGCUUCUUCGAGGAUGUUGCAAAGAACAAUUGGUAUUUUUUAUUGAGCCAUUAAUUGUUUAUUACUAGGGUAACAGCUAUUAUUCUGAUGUACUUUCUUAUGUGAUCUUGUCAAUAUUUGUCCUGACUUUCUGAAAGCAUCUUAUUUCUUACCAGGUCAGACAUUAGUUUUAUCUUUGUUGUAAGAUUCAAAAGCUAGUUCUUUGUUGCAAUGCUUCUUCGAGGAUGUUGCAAAGAACUUAGUUUAGUUCUUAGUGGGGUGCAAUACAAUGUCCCCAACUGUAGAACAUUAAAAGUACACAAUUAUUAUGGGUUAGAUACUAAAUGUAUAGAGCAAUGAGUAGUGGUAUAACAGGUGCAAGUGUUUUGUGUGUAAUUAGUACCCAUGGCUCAGGAUAUGAUUGUCUAUUUAUAUUCAACAUGAAGGAGAUGUCAAGAGGUCGACUCUCUGAUAUUACUUAUUUAUUGUUAUAGAUUUCACUCAUCAAAGGAGUAAAAACAUUAUGAUUGGGUUAAACAUAUAACAUGUAAUUACACAUCAUGAUAUAAUAAAGAGGAUUACAUAUGCCCCAAUUGAUACUCAAGGGUGUUAGACUAAAUUCAAUAAUGAAUCGUUUCAAUUUCAAUGUAUAAUUUCAAUGUAUCGUCAAAGACCAUAACAUUACUAAAUAUUUUAAGUACCUGUAACACACAUAGAAAAAAAUAACCAAAAACAACAACCCAACUCAGACCAGGUCAUCUCUCCAACUGACAAAAUUGACCCACUGGCUACACUUAUUACCCAUCUUGAAAAACCUAUGCUAAAAUUCAACUCACAACAAAUAAACAUACACACACUCUCACAUCUUAUAACCCCUGCUCCUGACAGAUGUCUCAGGAGCAGAGUUGUCUGACAGCUUAUUUAAUUACUGUUGUUAUUUUAAGUAGUUAUCUUAAAAUCAAGAUUUUCUUCUCUUUGGUUUAUGGGUUAAUAUUACAAUACACAUUUUUGUCUAAAUGUUUGAAUGUUGACUACAAGAAAAUGUUACAUUCACUUUUUUUUUUUUGUUUUCUUUGUACACUUUUUAGCAUCUUUUUAUGUUAUGCCAUGUUCUCAGAGCAAUUACCUCAAUGUUUACUGCAGGAAUAUAUUACUUUUUUUUGGUCUGUUCACAUUUGAAUAUUUAUUGUAUUACAUAUUAUUUUAUGUUAAUUAAAAUAUAGGGUCUAUUUAUUUUUA